AGGCGAAUCCAAAAACAUGUGUUCCUUUCAUAUUACCUAUUUUUAUUUUUUCAUUUCUUCUCUGUUUCUUCUUAACCUAUAAGAAAAAAGUUUGUUCCUUUUUUCUUCAGCCACACAAAUUUCUUAUUCAAAAGUCACUUCUCCUUUUUUUUUGUACUUAUAACAGUUCAAGAAACUUAUAGAGUUUAAUUCAUUUGUGUUGUGUUGAGAAUUGUGUUAGGGACUAAUGGGUAAUUGUCUUGAUUCUUCUGCUAAAGUUGAUGCAGCUCAAAGUUCUAGAUCCACUUCUAGAGCCUCAAAAACUACUCCUUCUAGUUUAACUAUUCCAUCAUACAGUGACAAAAGCAAUGCCUUAAGUCUUCCCACACCAAGAUCUGAGGGUGAAAUCUUGUCUUCUCCCAAUCUUAAAGCAUUCACAUUCAAUGAGCUGAAGAAUGCCACAAGGAAUUUUCGUCCCGACAGUCUUCUAGGUGAAGGUGGAUUUGGUCAUGUUUACAAGGGAUGGAUUGAUGAACACACUUAUACAGCUGCAAAACCUGGAUCAGGAAUGGUUGUUGCUGUUAAAAGGCUUAAGCCUGAAGGUUUUCAAGGUCACAAGGAGUGGUUGACUGAGGUUAACUACCUUGGACAACUUCACCAUCCUAAUCUGGUCAAAUUAAUUGGUUACUGCUUGGAAGGAGACAACAGGCUAUUGGUAUAUGAGUUUAUGCCCAAAGGGAGCUUAGAGAACCAUCUUUUUAGAAGAGGACCACAACCACUGUCUUGGUCAAUAAGAAUGAAAGUGGCAAUUGGUGCUGCAAGAGGACUCUCUUUUCUUCACAAUGCCAAAUCACAAGUCAUUUACCGCGAUUUCAAAGCUUCUAACAUCCUUUUAGACGCGGAGUUUAAUUCAAAACUCUCUGAUUUUGGCUUGGCAAAGGCGGGUCCUACCGGUGAUAGAACUCAUGUUUCUACUCAAGUAAUGGGUACUCAAGGAUAUGCAGCACCUGAAUAUGUUGCAACUGGUCGGCUGACAGCCAAAAGUGAUGUAUACAGCUUUGGAGUUGUUUUGCUUGAACUUUUGUCCGGAAGACGCGCGGUCGAUAAAACAAUAGCCGGUGUAGACCAAAAUCUAGUAGAUUGGGCAAAACCAUAUUUAGGCGAUAAACGAAGACUAUUCCGAAUCAUGGAUUCGAAAUUAGAAGGCCAAUAUCCACAAAAAGGAGCAUUCAUGGCAGCUACACUUGCUCUACAAUGCCUUAACAGAGAAGCCAAGGCAAGACCUCCAAUGAUAGAGGUUUUAGCAACACUAGAACAUAUAGAAGCACCUAAACACGCGAGCCGAAAUUCUCUAUCGGAACAUCAACGAGUCCAUGCUCCGAUAAGAAAGUCUCCCGCGCGAAACCGAACACCUUUGAAUAGUACUCCUACUGCAUCCCCAUUGCCAUCUGUUCGACAAUCGCCUCGUGCGCGUUAGGCGCUGGAUAAUGAACAUUCUGCAUGUAAAUUCCUUAUUUUUACGAGGUUGUGUUUUUGACAGCAUGUCUUGUGGCAUCUACUUGAAUGCAAUUUUGGAGUAUCUUCAAUAACUAAAUAUUGGCGAGAUACAUCACAUAUUCAUAUUAUAACUCGAUUUCGUCGUGAAGAGUUGUCUAUUUAUAAACUUUUUUCAACCGAUGUCUCUAA